ACUGUACUGCUCCCAUUAGCCCCAGUGUGUGUUAUAUCUUCAGGUGUGCUGCUGCAGGGUCUGUGUCACUGAGCUGAGUGCUCCCCCCUGGGACAGGUCACCUCACCCUUAUAUUCACCGAGACUAGACUCCAAUGUUAAAGGCUUCAUGAUGGACAAGGGCAGAAGUCAUAUUACCGAGCAGAUAUUAAGUCUCACUCUGGAGAUCAUCCAUCUGCUGACUGAGGAGAAUUACACAGUGGUGAAGAAGACAUCUAGUCAGCGGGAGACACCCAGCAGCUGUCCCCGUGUGUCCGGAGGACUGAGCAGGACCCAGAGCCCCAUCACGGUGCCUCCACCUCACUCACUGAUACAUGAGAGACACAAUGACCAGAAGAUCCUGGAACUCACCAACAAGAUCAUUCAGCUGCUGACUGGAGAGGAGGAAGAUUUGAUUGAUAUUAAAGUUGAAGUUAUAGAUGAAGAAGAAGAAGAAGAGACAUAUGUGAUGGGUGAUCAGCAGUAUAAGGAGGAGGAAAUCCCUACAGGUAUCAGCACAGAUGGAUAUACACCAGAGAGACGUCAGUGCCCUUUUUCUGCGCAAGAUUGUAGCGAGGAAAAUCUCAAUAUGUCACAGGAUAAUCAGUGUGAAGGCCUGAUUGUUAUUAAAGCAGAAGAUUCAGAAGGAGAAGAAGAAGAGACGUAUGUGAGGGGUGAUCAGCAGUGUAAGGAGGAGGAAAUCCCUACAGAUAUCAGCACAGAUGGACACAAUAGCGGGAAUGCCUCGGAGGGACGUCUCAUUUUGUAUCCAGAAGAUAAUGACAUCACACAGGAUUCCAAUAUUCCAAAUAUACAACCAGUACCUCACGGGGAAGAUGUUUCAUCUGAUCCACUUAAUCAGGUGGAAUAUUCUACUUAUAAAGCAGAUGUUAUUACACAUAGCACAGCUCAUAGUGGUGGUGCUGACCUAUUUUCCUGUUCAGACUGUGGGAAAUGUUUUCCCCAGAGUGCGGAGCUUAUUAUACACCGGAGAAGUCACACGGGGGAGAAGCUCUUUCCCUGCUCUGAUUGCGGCAAGUGGUUUAUACAGAAGUCCGAUUUUGUCAGACACCACAGAAUCCACACGGGCGAGAGGCCGUUUCCCUGCUCCGAGUGCGGGAAAUGUUUUACACGGAAACCCGAUCUGGUCAGGCAUGAGAGGAUCCACACGGGUGAGAAGCCUUUUCCUUGUGCCGAGUGCGGGAAAUGCUUCAUACAGAAGUCCUACCUCGUCACGCAUCAGAAAUUCCACACCGGCGAGAAGCCAUUUCCAUGUCCCGAGUGCGGGAAAUGCUUCAUCAACAAAUCUCUGCUUGUCCAACACCAGAGGAAGCACACGGGGGAGAAGCCGUUUCCAUGCUCCGACUGCGGCAAGUGCUUCGCGCAUAAGUCUCUGCUUGUGAAGCAUCAGAGAAUUCACAAAGGCGAGAAGCCCUUCCAGUGCACGGAGUGCGGGAAGUGCUUCACCCAGAAGUCAGAUCUGGUUAAGCACCAGCGGAUUCACACCGGCGAGAAGCCGUUUCCCUGCUCGGAGUGCGGGAAAUGUUUUGCACAUAAAUCCAGCCUGGUCAAACAUCGGAGAAUUCACAAAGGAUUACGCAGUUGUGUGGAAGACAUUUGGGGCAGGACCCAGAGCCCCAUCCCGGUGCCUCCACCUCACUCAUUGAUACAUGAGAGACACAAUGACCAGAAGAUCCUGGAACUCACCAACAAGAUCAUUCAGCUGCUGACUGGAGAGGUUCCUACAAGGUGUGAGGACGUCACUGUCCAUUUCAAUAAGGAAGGACACAAGGGUCUGUACAAGGACAUUAUGAAGGAGAAUCACCGGCCCCUCAUAGCAUUGGAUGGAUCCAUGUACAGACAUAGCCCAGAGAGUUGUCCCAGUUCUCCAUAUUCCCCGGAUCACACAGAGGAGAAUCAAGGUAUCUCAGAGGAGUAUCAAGUUGAUGACCUGCUUGAUAUUAAAGUUGAAGUAAUAGAUGAUGAUGAAGAAGAGGAGGAGAUACAGGAGGGAGAUGAUCAGCCGUAUAAUGACGAGGAAGACUCUUCAGAUCAGCACGACAGCGGGAAUACCUCGGACGGGCACCCCAUUUCAUCUCCAAAUUGUAAGAUAGAAGAUGAGGACAUCCCGCCGGAUUCCCCAGGAGAAAACCCCAGUGCCGCAGGCAUUUAUUCAGCAGAUGUAUCCUCUGACCCUUCUGCCUAUGAGAUAUGUCCCUCUGAUAUUGUCACGCACAGUAUAACUCAGACAGGUGAUAAAAUAUUUCCCUGCUCCGAGUGCGGGAAGUGUUUUACUCGAAAAACCGGUCUCCUUUUACACCAGCGGGUCCACACGGGCGAGAAGCCCUUCUCAUGCUCCGAGUGCGAGAAAUGUUUUACACAGAAAUCCAGUCUCUUCAGACACAUGAAAAUCCACGCGGGUGAGAGGCCGUUUCCCUGCACCGAUUGCGGGAAAUGUUUUACGCAGAAGUCCUACCUGGUCAUCCAUCAGAGAAUCCACACAGGAGAGAAGCCUUUCAUAUGCUCCGAUUGUGGGAAGUGUUUUACCAAGAAGGCCCAUCUGGUGGAGCAUCAGACCAUCCACUCGGCCGAGAAGCCCUUUGCCUGCGCCGAGUGUGGGAAAUGCUUCUCCCGUAAAACCAUCCUCCACAGUCACCGCAAGUCGCACACCGGCGAGAAGCCAUUUUCCUGUUUUGGCUGCGGGAAGAAUUUCAUGCGCAGGACAGAUCUGGCCAGGCACCAGAAAAGCCAUACCGGCGAGAAGCCAUUUUCCUGCUCCGAGUGUGGCACCUGUUUCACCCAGAAGUCCAGCUUCGACCGGCACAUGGCCAUUCACAGCGGCGAGAAACCGUUUCCCUGUCCCGACUGCGGGAAGUGCUUCGCUCACAGGUCGCACCUGGUGUAUCACCAGAAGAUCCACACCGACGAGAAACCGUUUCCCUGCUCGUACUGCGGGAAAUGUUUUACGCAGAAGGCGUAUCUUCUCAAACACGAGAAGACGCACGCGGGGGAGCAGGAGUUUCCCUGCUCUUACUGUGGGAAGUGUUUUCCGCUGAAAUCAUAUCUUGUCAAACAUCAGAGAAUACACACCUGCAAGGAACCGUUUGCACGUCCUAAGAGCGACACCGAGAUCGCGUCAUCUUAAAUAACAAUUCACGUAGAUGGCGAGUAAUUUUCACGCACGGACUGUUGGGGAAAGUUUUACAUGCAAUCACGCACAGUUUGCCUAGGUAAUGUCUUGAAUCUAAUGAAAUAUAGUUUUGGGCCUUUACCCUGACCGAGCACUGCCUUGCUUUAUCUUGUCACUCAAUACCCAGUGCUCACUUCCUAUUUACUAUUUUUAGAAUGUGCCUUUUUGUGUUAUAAUAGAUUAUUCUGUAUAUAGUUUAUGUUGCAGUAUUACACUACCUUUCAGGUACUUUACUCCCUCAUAGUUUUGCUCUAAAUGACUAUUGAAGAGAGUCUAGAAAGCACACAUCUAUUUCUUUUGAUGUCUCCUGUGCAUUGCGUUUCCCAGUAUGUCAUAUAUUUGACCACGAUUAAAGACACUGUUUCCUUCAGGGUCCACAGUAGAUCCACAGGAUACACAUUGGGUUGUAGGUGGCGUCAGAAGUGUGGGCACCAAACGGUUUAAGCUUUUGGGGCUCCCAGCAUGCAUCGGUCCAGCCUCCUUAUAACGCCGCCUCCUGGCCCAGGGAAGUCGUUUUUCUUGUUUGGUACGGCAGGAGUGGUGUGGCUGCAUGACAGUAUGCUAGUGACAGCGCAAUUUGACACAUUGAAUAUGCACAUAUAUUAAAGCGGGAUGCAGUCGCUUUACCUCCAAUCAUAAUCCCGACGGACUAUAUACCGACACCCAUUGACCGAUGGUCGAAAUCCC